AUGCCACCCCAGUUUUGCGUCACCCGUCCAAAUGGGGAUAUCACUGCACUUAUUGCCGUCGACGAAUUGCCCCCUUUUGUUAGCAUUCGUGGCGUUCCUCGCUCCUUGAGCCAAAUCGAUGACGUUCAUCGAAUGAUCAAUGUUGGAACCUUAGCUUCUCGCGGCCAAUUCUAUACUAUUGACGUUGCUGCUGAAGCCUACUCGUACUCCACCUACUCCAGCCUGCCUAAUGGAGCCCCAAACGGGGAUAUAGGUAUAGCAUCUGCUAUUACAAUAGGCGCGAGUGGGAUUUCUCAUCAACCAGGUGUUAUAAAUGCAGCCAUUUGGAGUCCCGACUCCGCAGAUCGCAAUAUUAUAAACUGGAGAAGUGAGGUUAAUAGCAACGCAGCCACCCCUAUCGGCCAAGAGAUUUUGAGGAAUGAUGGCAGUCCCGCUGCGCUAAGACAAUUCAGGUCUCAGAAUGCAAAUAACCCAAAAACUCCUUCCAAAAAGCAGUACUGUUCUUUUUGGAUCCGCCGUGGGGAGUGCGACUAUUCGCAGCAGGGAUGUCGAUUCAAGCAUGAGAUGCCUGGAGAUCUCGAAACCCUGGAACGGCUUGGGCUUCGUGAUAUUCCUCGCUGGUUCCGUGACAAGUAUAAGGUCAAAAGUCUCCUGGGAUCUGAAGGAAUGGAUACCCCCUCCAACGUUCCCCGUAGCUGGAAAACUAUUGACCAGAUGCCUGACGCAUCAUUCCCUGGUAUAGGGUACAUUUUACCACCUCCAAUAUUUAACGCAGGACUUCCUGGAAGAGAGGCAACAAGUGACAGACCACACUACUCUCCGAUUGGGGUUCCAACUUUUGCUUCAAAUGGAACCUACUUUUCUCCUACCGUAGUAGCAAACGGGAUGCCGAACUCCAUCUGCUCAUCUUUGUCAGACGAAACCACCAAGGGAAACACCAUGUUUGACAAUAUAUCUGUUUCUGGUGAUUUCAAUGUCCUUACCCAAGUCAAAGACAUACCAUCAGAUGAUCCUAAUCCAGUCCUGGCCCAUAAUCAUUCCCUCCAUGGAUUCAGCCACUCCUUGGUUCAGGAGCUUGGAAGCUCUCAUGCAUUCAGUGCUGCGGCUCCCAUUGGAUUUCCCUCUACGGCUGUUAGCAAUAUCACAAGUGCUGAGAUUCGUCCACAUGUCAUGAAUACAAAUUUUGUUAUUCCUGCUCACACUCGGUCCAUUGUCUCCGGAAUCAACUCCCCUUGGGGUAUGGCAAACCGCAAUGAUGGUGAUAUAUCUGCCAGCCUUUUACCCCCGUUCCAGUCCAUGGCAGUUACCGAUUCACAGGAGCCAACCCACCCCGCAGAGCCAGCGCAGAAACUAAAGGCUCGUCACCCCAUUCAUCCCCAACCUGUCCAUGCUACCUCCAACCGCUCAGUGGCAACUGGAAAUUACUCGCUCCGUAACACCUUCGGCGUAAGCGUAGCAGCGACCCCGGUUACCCAAAGCCGUAUCGAGCUUCUUUCUUCUCUCUCAUCUCCGAUUCCCUCUCCAACUCGUGAUCCAUCGUUCCGCUCUUCUCAUUCUGCGCUGACAGUCGGGCCUGAUCAUGAUGUUGCAACUGGGCCUGCUCACGAAAACCAUGCGAGUAGCACUGAGUCUGGUAACAGCGAACGCUAUUCUAACGCACACCAGACUCUCAAUCCAAUUGGAUACAAUCAGAAUGGAGAAGAUUUCCGCCAACGCCGCAUGACGCAGAACGAAGAAACUGAUCCCUUUGGUCUUGGAUUCAAUAACGAUGCCCAUCGUCCUGCCAGUGGGCACCGCUGA